GCCCUGUUGUAACAUCAAAUCCCACAGUUGUUACCACAACAACAGGCAAGCCAACGACAACAACUGUAUUUGAGACAACAACAGAGGGAAUUACAUCAACUAGGCCACCAAAGGUUGAGACUACACUGCCAACAACUUCCUCAACAACACAGAUUGUUGUUGACACAACAACAACUAGGUCGCCAUCAACUUCUACUGAAACACCUGUCUCAAGCACAGAAACCUCAACUUCCGCUGUGAUUACAUCUGGUCCAACUACUGCCACCACCACAACAAAAGCACCUACAACAACAGCUCAAGCUGAAACUACAACAGCGGAAUCUGCCACAACAUCUACUAAUCCACCAAGGGUUGAAACUACUGGGCCAACAACAGCAUCUACAACGAUUAUUGUGGAAGAAACGACCACAACAGGUAAACUAUCAACAUCAAGCGCAACUGCUGGGCCAAGCACACAAACUUCAGGCCCUGUUGUAACAUCAAAACCCACAGUUGUUACCACAACAACAGGCAAGCCAACGACAACAACUGUAUUUGAGACAACAACAGAGGGAAUUACAUCAACUAGGCCACCAAAGGUUGAGACUACACUGCCAACAACUUCCUCAACAACACAGAUUGUUGUUGACACAACAACAACUAGGUCACCAUCAACUUCUACUGAAACACCUGUCUCAGGCACAGAAACCUCAACUUCCGCUGUGAUUACAUCUGGUCCAACUACUGCCACCACCACAACAAAAGCACCUACAACAACAGCUCAAGCUGAAACUACAACAGCGGAAUCUGCCACAACAUCUACUAAUCCACCAAGGGUUGAAACUACUGGGCCAACAACAGCAUCUACAACGAUUAUUGUGGAAGAAACGACCACAACAGGUAAACUAUCAACAUCAAGCGCAACUGCUGGGCCAAGCACACAAACUUCAGGCCCUGUUGUAACAUCAAAACCCACAGUUGUUACCACAACAACAGGCAAGCCAACGACAACAACUGUAUUUGAGACAACAACAGAGGGAAUUACAUCAACUAGGCCACCAAAGGUUGAGACUACACUGCCAACAACUUCCUCAACAACACAGAUUGUUGUUGACACAACAACAACUAGGUCGCCAUCAACUUCUGCUGAAACACCUGUCUUAAGCACAGAAACCUCAACUUCCGCUGUGAUUACAUCUGGUCCAACUACUGCCACCACCACAACAAAAGCACCUACAAACACAGCUCAAGCUGAAACUACAACAGAGGAAUCUGCCACAACAUCUACUAAUCCACCAAGGGUUGAAACUACUGGGCCAACAACAGCAUCUACAACGAUUAUUGUGGAAGAAACCACCACAACAGGUAAACUAUCAACAUCAAGCGCAACUGCUGGGCCAAGCACACAAACUUCAGGCCCUGUUGUAACAUCAAAACCCACAGUUGUUACCACAACAACAGGCAAGCCAACGACAACAACUGUAUUUGAGACAACAACAGAGGGAAUUACAUCAACUAGGCCACCAAAGGUUGAGACUACACUGCCAACAACUUCCUCAACAACACAGAUUGUUGUAGACACAACAACAACUAUGUCGCCACCAACUUCUACUGAAACACCUGUCUCAAGUACAGAAACCUCAACUUCUGCUGUGAUUACAUCUGGUCCAACUACUGCAACCACCACAACAAAAGCACCUACAACAACAGCUCACGCUGAAACUACAACAGAGGAAUCUGCCACAACAUCUACUAAUCCACCAAGGGUUGAAACUACUGGGCCAACAACAGCAUCUACAACGAUUAUUGUGGAAGAAACGACCACAACAGGUAAACUAUCAACAUCAAGCGCAACUGCUGGGCCAAGCACACAAACUUCAGGCCCUGUUGUAACAUCAAAACCCACCGUUGUCACCACAACAACAGGCAAGCCAACGACAACAACUGUAUUUGAGACAACAACAGAGGGAAUUACAUCAACUAGGCCACCAAAGGUUGAGACUACACUGCCAACAACUUCCUCAACAACUAGAUCACCAUCAACCUCCACAGAGAUGACAACAGUUAAAACAUCUCUUGAACCAGUGACAGCUACUUUACCUGUGAUAACGCUGACAACAGAAGGGAGAGUAAGUCAAACUGCACAAGUUUCUACGACAUUACAUUCAACCUCCACUGAAACACCUGUCUCAAGCACAGAAACCUCAACUUCAGCUGUGAUUACAUCUGGUCCAACUACUGCAACCACCACAACAAAAGCACCUACAACAACAGCUCAAGCUGAAACUACAACAGAGGAAUCUGCCAAAACAUCUACUAAUCCACCAAGGGUUGAAACUACUGGGCCAACAACAGCAUCUACAACGAUUAUUGUGGAAGAAACGACCACAACAGGUAAACUAUCAACAUCAAGCGCAACUGCUGGGCCAAGCACACAAACUUCAGGCCCCGUUGUAACAUCAAAACCCACAGUUGUUACCACAACAACAGGCAAGCCAACAACAACAACUGUAUUUGAGACAACAACAGAGGGAAUUACAUCAACUAGGCCACCAAAGGUUGAGACUACACUGCCAACAACUUCCUCAACAACACAGAUUGUUGUAGACACAACAACAACUAGGUCGCCAUCAACUUCUACUGAAACACCUGUCUUAAGCACAGAAACCUCAACUUCCGCUGUGAUUACAUCUGGUCCAACUACUGCCACCACCACAACAAAAGCACCUACAAACACAGCUCAAGCUGAAACUACAACAGAGGAACCUGCCACAACAUCUACUAAUCCACCAAGGGUUGAAACUACUGGGCCAACAACAGCAUCUACAACGAUUAUUGUGGAAGAAACCACCACAACAGGUAAACUAUCUACAUCAAGCGCAACUGCUGGGCCAAGUACACAAACUUCAGGCCCUGUUGUAACAUCAAAACCCACAGUUGUUACUACAACAACAGUCAAGCCAAUCACAACAACUGUAUUUGAGACAACAACAGAGGGAAUUACAUCAACUAGGCCACCAAAGGUUGAGACUACACUACCAACAACUUCCUCAACAACACAGAUUGUUGUAGACACAACAACAACUAGGUCGCCAUCAACUUCUGCUGAAACACCUGUCUUAAGCACAGAAACCUCAACUUCCGCUGUGAUUACAUCUGGUCCAACUACUGCCACCACCACAACAAAAGCACCUACAAACACAGCUCAAGCUGAAACUACAACAGAGGAAUCUGCCACAACAUCUACUAAUCCACCAAGGGUUGAAACUACUGGGCCAACAACAGCAUCUACAACGAUUAUUGUGGAAGAAACCACCACAACAGGUAAACUAUCAACAUCAAGCGCAACGGCUGGGCCAAGCACACAAACUUCAGGCCCUGUUGUAACAUCAAAUCCCACAGUUGUUACCACAACAACAGGCAAGCCAACGACAACAACUGUAUUUGAGACAACAACAGAGGGAAUUACAUCAACUAGGCCACCAAAGGUUGAGACUACACUGCCAACAACUUCCUCAACAACACAGAUUGUUGUAGACACAACAACAACUAUGUCGCCACCAACUUCUACUGAAACACCUGUCUCAAGUACAGAAACCUCAACUUCUGCUGUGAUUACAUCUGGUCCAACUACUGCAACCACCACAACAAAAGCACCUACAACAACAGCUCACGCUGAAACUACAACAGAGGAAUCUGCCACAACAUCUACUAAUCCACCAAGGGUUGAAACUACUGGGCCAACAACAGCAUCUACAACGAUUAUUGUGGAAGAAACGACCACAACAGGUAAACUAUCAACAUCAAGCGCAACUGCUGGGCCAAGCACACAAACUUCAGGCCCUGUUGUAACAUCAAAACCCACCGUUGUCACCACAACAACAGGCAAGCCAACGACAACAACUGUAUUUGAGACAACAACAGAGGGAAUUACAUCAACUAGGCCACCAAAGGUUGAGACUACACUGCCAACAACUUCCUCAACAACUAGAUCACCAUCAACCUCCACAGAGAUGACAACAGUUAAAACAUCUCUUGAACCAGUGACAGCUACUUUACCUGUGAUAACGCUGACAACAGAAGGGAGAGUAAGUCAAACUGCACAAGUUUCUACGACAUUACAUUCAACCUCCACUGAAACACCUGUCUCAAGCACAGAAACCUCAACUUCAGCUGUGAUUACAUCUGGUCCAACUACUGCAACCACCACAACAAAAGCACCUACAACAACAGCUCAAGCUGAAACUACAACAGAGGAAUCUGCCACAACAUCUACUAAUCCACCAAGGGUUGAAACUACUGGGCCAACAACAGCAUCUACAACGAUUAUUGUGGAAGAAACCACCACAACAGGUAAACUAUCAACAUCAAGCGCAACUGCUGGGCCAAGCACACAAACUUCAGGCCCUGUUGUAACAUCAAAUCCCACAGUUGUUACCACAACAACAGGCAAGCCAACGACAACAACUGUAUUUGAGACAACAACAGAGGGAAUUACAUCAACUAGGCCACCAAAGGUUGAGACUACACUGCCAACAACUUCCUCAACAACACAGAUUGUUGUAGACACAACAACAACUAGGUCGCCAUCAACUUCUACUGAAACACGUGUCUCAAGCACAGAAACCUCAACUUCAGCUGUGAUUACAUCUGGUCCAACUACUGCAACCACCACAACAAAAGCACCUACAACAACAGCUCACGCUGAAACUACAACAGAGGAAUCUGGCACAACAUCUACUAAUCCACCAAGGGUUGAGACUACUGGGCCAACAACAGCAUCUACAACGAUUAUUGUGGAAGAAACGACCACAACAGGUAAACUAUCUACAUCAAGCGCAACUGCUGGGCCAAGUACACAAACUUCAGGCCCUGUUGUAACAUCAAAACCCACAGUUGUUACUACAACAACAGGCAAGCCAACGACAACAACUGUAUUUGAGACUACAACAGAGGUAAUUACAUCAACUAGGCCACCAAAGGUUGAGACUACACUGCCAACAACUUCCUCAACAACACAGAUUGUUGUAGACACAACAACAACUAGGUCGCCAUCAACUUCUACUGAAACACGUGUCUCAAGCACAGAAACCUCAACUUCAGCUGUGAUUACAUCUGGUCCAACUACUGCAACCACCACAACAAAAGCACCUACAACAACAGCUCACGCUGAAACUACAACAGAGGAAUCUGGCACAACAUCUACUAAUCCACCAAGGGUUGAGACUACUGGGCCAACAACAGCAUCUACAACGAUUAUUGUGGAAGAAACGACCACAACAGGUAAACUAUCAACAUCAAGCGCAACUGCUGGGCCAAGCACACAAACUUCAGGCCCUGUUGUAACAUCUAAACCCACAGUUGUUACCACAACAACAGGCAAGCCAACGACAACAACUGUAUUUGAGACAACAACAGAGGGAAUUACAUCAACUAGGCCACCAAAGGUUGAGACUACACUGCCAACAACUUCCUCAACAACACAGAUUGUUGUAGACACAACAACAACUAGAUCACCAUCAACUUCUACUGAAACACCGGUUCAAAGCACAGAAACCUCAACUUCAGUUGUGAUUACAUCUGGUCCAACUACUGCCACCACCACAACAAAAGCACCUACAACCACAGUUCAAGCUGACACUACAACAGAGAAAUCUUCCACAUCUACUAAACCACCAAGGGUUGAAACCACUGAGCCAACAACGGCAUCUACAACAACAAUUGUGGAAACAACAACGACAACAUUUAAUCCUGUGACGGGUGCAACAACAAAACCCUCCAGUGCGUCACAUGGAGUUGUUACCUCAACACCUUCUAUACAGACUACAACAGAAUUUACCACAGUUAAAACAUCCCUUGAGCCAGUCACAGCUACUUUACCUGUGAUAACACUGACAACACCAAAGGUAACAGGGGAGUCUACAACCAUUUUCAGCACAGCAUAUACAACAUUGAUUGGUCCCAUUACAAAGACUCUCGCUAACAUUACUGGCACAACACCACAAACAACAACAGAGACAAUUAAAGAGACAACUACAACCUCGGAACCACUGACAACAACACCCACUACUGUAACCACAACAACUACUAAACCACCAAGAGUUGAGACAACUUUGGGGACAACAACAACAGGUUUCACAACAGUCUCAACAACUUUGGAGACAUCUAUUGCUCCACUGACUCAAACACUGCCACACAUCACCGGAACAUUACCUCCAACAACAUCGGGACCUUGUUCCUGCAUAGUAAAUGGAACCAGUUAUCUUCCAGGGUCCAGUGUGUACAAUGUGACUGAUGGAAUGGGAUGGUGCUACAUAGCUUACUGCAAUGGAACAUGUAAUGUGGUAAAGGAGUCAAAACCUUGUGGCUCUACUCCAUCUCCCACCACUAUUUCAUCCACCACUGUUGUAAGGACCACAGUAAGCCCAACAACAACUGUUUACACAACAUAUUCCUCCUCAAUAUCUGCUUCAACAACCACUCCUGCAACCACCACGUUUGAGCCAGAUUGCAACACACUUGUGCCACCAAGAAAGAACGGUGAAUCUUGGCAGAUGAAUAGUUGCACAAAUGCAACAUGUGAAAAUGGAAAGGUUGUGUAUACAUCAGUUCAGUGCAAACCAAUUGUAAAACCAAACUGCGAAAAUGGCAGAAAUCCUGUGGAAAUAUUUGAGGAAAACGGAUGCUGCUCCACAUAUGAAUGCGAAUGCUCUUGUAAUGGAUGGGGAGGCUCUCACUAUGUGACAUUUGACGGGCAAGACUACGAUAUUCGGGAAAAUUGUUCUUAUGUUUUGGUCCAAGAAAUCACACCUAACUACAACAACUUCAAGGUCGUCAUAGACUACCAUGACUGUGGCAGUGGCAGCUCAUUUUGUCCACAAUCCUUGACAAUAUAUUACAAAUCUUAUGAGGUUGUCCUUACACAGACGUUAACUGCAAAUGGAGUCCUCAAUAUGGUUAUUGUUAACCAAAAGCGUGUCUACCCCGCUUUCAAAAAUGGAGAUUUCAUCAUCACAAGCACAGGCUUGGAGACUAUGCUAGCAAUCCCAUUGAUUGAGGCUCAGGUGACCUACACCGGAUCCUCCUUUGGCAUAGACCUGCCCUUCUCUCUUUUCAAAAACAAUACCGAGGGACAGUGUGGUACCUGUGAUAACUCAAAAGAGAAUGAUUGCCGUUCACCUGAUGGCCAAGUUACAGCUUGCUCUGUGACAGCUCACUCCUGGCUAGUCCCCGGUGAGACUUGCGAAAUAACCCCAACCCCUAUCCCAACAUUACCACCUAAGACCACUGCUCCAGUUUGCAAGCCCUCCAUCUGUGAGAUCAUAAACAGUGUAAUAUUUGAGGCAUGCCGGAAGGUGGUUCCUUCAGGGGCGUAUGUGGAAGGCUGCAAAUCUGAUGUGUGUACCAAAACAACAUCUGGCUGUGCCAGUCUACAGGGAUAUGCCUCUGCUUGUGCCCAAGCUGGAGUGUGUGUGGACUGGAGAGACUCUACCAAUGGCGAGUGUGCAUAUAAAUGCCCAGCAACAAAGGUGUACACGGCUUGCGGCCCAUCUGUGGAGCCAACCUGCAACUCCAACUACAACAUCAAGUACAUGGACCUCAUAAGCAGUAACAGUACUGACAUGAAGGAGGGUUGCUCCUGUCCAGUAGGGACAACGCUGUUCAGCACUUACUCUGAUGUCUGUGUCACCUCUUGUGAAUGUACCGGCCCUGAUGGCAACCCUAAAAAGGUAAACGAGACUUGGCAGACUGACUGCAAACAAUGCACAUGUGAGCCUGACACACUGAGCGUCCAAUGUGAGCCAGUCUCAUGUCCUCCGCCAAUCACUGUCACUUGUGACCAGCCUGGGUAUGAAAUUGUCAACAAGACUGAUGGCUGCUGCCAAAGCCAAACGUGUGUGCCCAAAGCUGUCUGUGUACGCGACAACAAAGAGUACCAGCCUGGUGCAGCUGUUCCCACCAACAAUUCCUGUGAGUCCUGUACCUGUGGCUCAACAGUGGACCCCAACACUCAGCUCCAUGCCGUCAAAUGUUAUCCUCUUCUCUGCUUUGUAAACUGUCCGGAGACCCAUGUAUACCAGCCAGUUCCCGGAGAGUGUUGUGGCACAUGCGUACCAAGCAGCUGUGUGGUUAAACUCCCAGAUAACACUACACACAGCAUCCCAGUUAACGAGACAUGGUCGCCUACUUAUGACAAAUGUAUAACCUACAAAUGCGAAAAUCAUGAUGGAUCACUUGAGGCUGUGAAAUCCACCAAGGUGUGCCCUUCGUUCAACCCAGACAACUGUGUCCCAGGAACAGAGACAACAGAUGCAGAUGGCUGCUGCAAGACCUGUACCCUGCGCAGUACCUGUAAUGUUCAGACGAACAGCACCAAACUGACCUACCUUGGCUGUACCACCUCAGAGAACGUAGAGCUCACCUCCUGUGCAGGCUCCUGUGGAACAUCAUCCAUAUACUCGGCGCAGGCCAACGGACUGGUGCAUUCUUGCUCUUGUUGUCAGGAGGAGACUACGCAGAAGAAAGUUGUGGAGCUGAUCUGCCCUGAUGGCAAAAGAGUUCUAUACUCCUACAUCUACAUUGAGUCGUGUGCUUGCAAUGCCACAGACUGUGGUGGAAAAUCCACUUCCUCCUCAAAACUGCGUAGAAGGAGAAGAUGAAAUCCUUCUAGUGCAUUACAAAUGUGAUGUGCAGCCGGUUUUAAAGGAAAUGUUUUAAAGUGUUACUACGAGGUAGUAUAAGUGUUUAUUUUGUCUUAUCUAUUUUAGCCCCUGAAGCAUCAUGUUUCUAUAUGAAGUACCCUCUACGUUUGUCUCUUGCCUUUUCUUUAUCA